UGUAUUUCUUUUCUUUCUUUCUUUCUUUCUUUUUGUUUGUAAAAAUCCUCUACGUUUGCGAUGUACAUCGUCCUCUCUAAUUCUGCAUAUGCAGGAAUCUUGAAUGUCUCCCUUAUGGAUUUAGGCUGUUAUUCUAUCCCCUUUCCAUUGAUUUCCUCCUAAAGCUCCUCCAAUUCAUCCAUUACCUCGGUCCUCUCCUACAAUAUGAGCAUGGGUUUUGCCUCUCUUGGUGUUGGUAAUGGAGGUUCUCCAUCGUCUUUUUCCAAUUUGUCACCUUUGGCGCCGCCCUUCACUCUUGAUCGUUCCGUUUCUAAACCUUUUCCGACCCCGCUUCUAGAUAUGACCGAACCUUCAUUUGGGGUUGGGGUUGGGGCUGGGGCUGGGGCUGGGGUUCUCCUCAACUCUUCCCUGCACAAUUGGCUCCCUUCCACCUCCAAAACCUCAGGCCUUGACUUCGUCUCCAGUUCCACCUCUGAAUUUGAUUGGUUCCCCUUCUCUUCUGGGUCCACAUACCCCAGGUCGCAGCCUAUGAUGGAGCCUUCUGAUAACCAUGGACCUCUUUUGGGCCGUCUUACAAUGUCUACAACUGACCGCUCCUUAUACGGUCAUUCCUCUGACGGACUAACAACUAGUAUUGGUAAAGCAAAACCCUACUAUCCUUCCUACGCCUCAACUUCAUGUAACAAAGGUGGCCCUAUGGUCCUUGUUGAUCAACCAAGUUAUAAUUGGCCAUUGCACUCGCAUGUUGCUACAUUCGAUGUGCCCCCGUGCGCGGACCUCUCUUGGGGAUCUUCAGGCUCUGAGAGAUCAGGUGAAGAGGCUUCACAUUCUAUUGAUAUACCUGAUCUGAAUAAAUGCAACGAGUUUGUGAGAGAAUAUCCAGACGAGGAAUUGUUAUUGGAGCAGAACCUUCACAUGGAUGCUCAUUCUGCAUUUCCUGGAUGCCACCCUAAGACUAGGACACCGCCUUCAAAUCCAGCGUCAAGUUCUCAGAACUAUCAAUUUCUGAAAAAGGCUCCAUAUCAGGAAAUCUUAAGAGAGCAAGAUGCUAGACUGAGUGUGGCUACUUUUUCCCUCAGACCACCUGUUGUCACUACUGAUUCUUUUCUCAGGAAUAUCAGUCCAUGUCAUAUUUCAGAUUAUGACCAUGAUUCCUUUGAAGGAAAACAAGGUGGCAACGACCUUUCAAAUCUAAAGGAGUUUCUUCCAGUUCAUUCUGAUAGCAAGGAAUUCUUCGGCACAGAGAACCAUGGCACAUGUAUAGAUAAAAAUGAUCCUAUAGUUACUGAGUUCUCCUCAACCAAAAUUCAUGACGUACGAAGCAAUAUACAUUCUGAUAAGGAUUCACCAGACUGUACAUUGAAGGCCGGAAUGGGACUUUAUAUUCCUGAUGCCAGUCCCAACUUUAGUUCGCAAACUGCCACAACAAUUGAGAGUUCCUCUGAAAGUUUUGAUCAGUACAACCUUGCAGCGGUAGACUCUCCUUGCUGGAAAGGAGCUCGAAUUUGUCGUACAUCUCCAUUUCAAGCUUUUGAAAUUGUCACUCCGACUCGUAUGAAGACCGAAGAAGUUUGCAACAGUGUGAAUCUCUCAUUGUCUCAAGUACCUCCUUCUACUGCCAAGGAUACUGUUCAUGAACCAAAUGAAAGCACCAUAGGCGGCAUUCUGGAGAAGGGUGCAACAUCUUCUCCAAAGAUGCCUUCAGUUGCUGGUCCCUCCUUGCCUGCAGCACAGAAAACUAGCACUUCUGUGAAAGCAGGAGAAUUUUGUUCUAAAAUGGGCUGCUUCCAUCCAGCUACCGGUAGCAUCCAUGACCCUGUAGAAGAUAGUGGUGUCUCCUAUUCUUCCUGUUCCAUACCACAAAGUAAAUAUAAGCAUAAUUUAAUGACUGGAAAAAGGAUUGCAACUACAAGUUACAUGAAGAUGCAUGCGGAUGCAAGAUUAAAUAGUGACAACUCUUCUGAAAAUGGUAUGAAUCAUUUGUCAUAUGAUGCUGCAAAACAUAUUCAGAAUUUUCCUUCUGAGCUUGUGAAGGCAUUUCACAGAGAAUCACUCUCAAAAAUGGAUAUCCAGAUUCUGGUUGAUAAAUUGCACAGUCUAUCAGAAUUGCUCCUUGCAUAUUGUUCAAAUGGUUCAGCUGCAUUACACCGAAAAGACGUCAAGUCUCUCAAGACUGUGAUGAAUAACCUUGAUGUUUGUAUAAAUAGCUUUGGAUCACAAGAUUCUCUCUCACCUGAGCAACGAAGUUCACAAAAUCUCGAGCAGUUUCAUCAACUCCAUUCGGAAUUCCAGGAUGUGAGAGUGCUCAAGUCCCAAUCCCAGACGACAAAGAUUGAAGGAGAAAGUUUGGAGUGUUUAUCAAAUGAUGGCAAUGGUGUUGAGGAAACGAAUCAAUACAUAUUGUCUAUCAAGAAAGACAAAGAAGCUGCGGACUCUCUUUAUCUUAGGAAUGGGAUUGACUCGAUGAAAGAAGACAGCAUGACCAAGGCUCUUAAGAAGGUUCUGAGAGAGAAUUUUCAUGAUGACAAAGAACAUCCUCAAUCUCUUUUGUACAAGAAUCUAUGGCUUGAGGCAGAAGCUGCAUUAUGUGCUUCCAAAUUAAUAGCUCGUUUUAGUAUAGCAAAGUCGGAAAUGGAGAAACAUGAACUACCAAUAGUGAGAGAACAUGCCGAAAAUUGGGACGAACUACUCGUUUCUGGUGUAUCUCCUGGUUCAAGCACCGUUGGGAAAUUGGCACCUAAGACUAAAGUUGGUUCAACUUCAUUUGUUCCCGUCCAGACUUCCCCUGCCGUGAGUGUCAGUAGUCAUGCUGCAGAUGAUGUGAUUACUAGAUUCCAUAUUCUCAAAUGCCGAGAGGAUGAAGCAAAGGAUAGGCAUGCUGGAUAUUCCGGACAAGACAUGGUUGAAAAAUUAGCACUCGACAAGGAACAAACUGCAGUCCCUUAUAUCAAUGACAUGGAUUCUUCCUUCCCCACCUCGGAGGUCAAUGGGGAUGACUCUAGGCCUGCUCUUCCAUCAAUUUCCCCUACCUUGACAAGGAGCUGCCAUACAGAAGAUGUCAUGUCUAGAUUUCAAAUUCUAAAAUCUCGAGAUGAGCGCAUAAGUUCUUUGAAUGUGGGAAAGGUGCAGAAAAUUAGAAGCUCCUGUUGCAGUGAGAUCGACAUGUUGGCACCUAAAGGUAAUACCGUGCAUAGCCUGGGUAUCUCUAUACAUCAUCGCGUUGCAGAUAAUAAAAGCGAAGUUGAUGAUUUAGAUGCUUCAGUACCGGGCAGACUAGAUGUCCUGAGGAGUCGAGGAAACCACAUAAGCUUGACCUUGACCCCUGCGAGAGAACAGUUACAGGAGAGAGUAACUGUAAAAAAAGGAGGUUUGGGAGUUGAAACGGAACCUUUCUUGCGGUUUGAAGGUGGGAAGGAAGGUAGAAACUAUGGUGAAGGCAAGCUUCCUGCUGGUUGUUCUGAUGGGUCCUCAUCUGAAUGGGAACAUGUUCUCUGGUGAAUAGACUUGUUGUAAUCAACUCUACUCUCUGUCGAUGCUAUCAUAUUUUUGUCGAAUGAAGUUCAGAUGAAACUGUUUAACCGAGAUUCUCGGAGAUUGUCAACCACAGUUGAUCAUAAUAGAUAUAUUUUUGUAA